AUGGAUAAACCUCCUCCUCCUUACUCUCCUCCAACUGCGCCUUAUCCAACUCAGGAUCCAUGUCCUUAUCCCUUGUACCCACAAAUUAACCAACCAACCAGUAAUGUAUUUAUGGGAUCUGGCUACCAACCUGCACCACCAGCCACAGUGAUUGUUCAUCAACCGACGGUGACCACAACUGCAUACCACCGAUAUCCUGUUGGUAUUACCUGUCCCUUUUGCCAUAACUCUGGUAUUACAAGGGUUAGGUUAGAAUCCGGGUGCUUGCCGUGGUUGUUAUGUGGAAUCCUCUGCUUCUUCGGGUUUUUCUUUGGUUGCUGUUUGAUUCCAUUCUGUCUGGAUUCCACGAAAAGUGCUCGACAUUUUUGUCCAUCAUGUAAUCGUCAAGUUGGAUAUUACAGCCCCUUGUGA